CCGCUCUCCGCCCUCCGCGGCGCGGCGCGGCCCCUCCGCCCUUAUAGCGGCGGGGGCGGGGGCGGCGGCACUCGGCCGGCGGCGGCACGCGCAGAUCUUUGAACCCCAACUGAGUCUUCGCCAACUUGGUUCAAGAUGCCACCGGCCAUCGGAGGCCCUGUGGGAUACACUCCUCCUGAAGGAGGAUGGGGAUGGGCUGUGGUCAUCGGAGCCUUCAUCUCCAUUGGGUUUUCCUAUGCCUUCCCCAAAUCCAUCACCGUGUUUUUCAAAGAGAUUGAGGUCAUCUUCAAUGCGUCCAGCAGCAAAGUCUCGUGGAUCUCCUCCAUCAUGCUGGCUGUUAUGUAUGCAGGAGGUCCCAUCAGCAGCAUCCUGGUGAACAAAUACGGCAGCCGGCCCAUCAUGAUCGCUGGCGGCUGCCUCUCCGGGUGCGGGCUGAUAGCAGCCUCUUUCUGCAACACGGUGGAGGAGCUCUACUUCUGCGUUGGGGUCGUAGGGGGCCUUGGACUCGCGUUUAACUUGAACCCAGCCUUAACCAUGAUCGGCAAGUACUUCUUCAAGAAGCGUCCCCUGGCUAACGGGCUGGCGAUGGCAGGCAGCCCUGUGUUCCUCUCCACCUUGGCACCCGUGAACCAGCUCUUCUUCGGCAUAUUUGGCUGGCGCGGCAGCUUCCUCAUCCUUGGCGGUCUCCUGCUGAACUGCUGCGUCGCCGGAUCCCUGAUGCGGCCCAUAGGCCCCAAGCCAGAUCAGCUGAAGAAAGAGGCUGCUAAGGAGGUGCUGCAGGAAGCUGGGAAGGCGGUGAAAAAGGACGACGGUGACACCGGCACAGACCUCAUCGGUGGGAAGGCCAAGAAACAGAAGAGCACGUUUUUCCAGACCAUCAACAAGUUCUUGGACCUUUCCCUGUUCACGCACAGGGGCUUCCUGCUCUAUCUGUCGGGCAACGUGAUCAUGUUCUUCGGGCUAUUCACUCCCUUGGUCUUCCUCAGCAAUUACGCAAAGAGCAAGAAGAUUGCUAAUGAGUCUGCAGCCUUCCUGCUCUCCAUCCUGGCCUUCGUAGACAUGGUGGCCAGGCCUUCCAUGGGACUGGUGGCAAACACCAAGUGGAUCAGACCCAGAGUCCAGUAUUUCUUCGCCAUCUCUGUCAUUUACAACGGGGUGUGCCACCUCUUGGCCCCCAUGUCCACCACCUACGCCGGCUUCUGCAUUUACGCCGGCUUCUUCGGCUUUGCCUUCGGCUGGCUGAGCUCGGUCCUGUUUGAGACCCUGAUGGACCUGGUGGGAGCGCAGCGGUUCUCCAGCGCCGUCGGCCUGGUGACCAUCGUGGAGUGCUGCCCCGUGCUUCUGGGACCCCCUCUGCUAGGGAAGCUCAACGACAUGUACGGUGACUACAAGUACACGUACUGGGCCUGUGGGAUCAUCCUCAUUGUCUCUGGGAUCUACCUCUUCAUCGGGAUGGGCAUCAACUACCGCCUGGUGGCAAAGGAGCAGAAGGCGGAGGAGAAGGCGAGGAACGAAGGGAAGGAGGAGGAGACCAACAUCGAUGAGGCCGAGAAGCAGAAAGAGGCAAACAACGACGUGGCCCCCUCGCCUCAGAAGAGCGCGGAGGAUGGUGUCAAAGAGGAGGAGAGCCACAUGUGAGGGACCGGUCUCAAUCCCGGAGUGUCGGGGAAGCGCCGCUGCCCUGGCGCGGGGCUGGGGCAGUGCUCCGCUGGCGCUGGGCGGCCGUGAGAAGUGUUUAAACCAGGUGUUCAUUUUUAACCAGGCUCUGAAUUGUCUUUCCAUCUGUGUUCAACAAAGGUAACAGGGCUACGCACACAGUAUCCUCGUGUGUCGGGGGGCAGGGGGGCUUUUUAUAGGCUGGCUUUUUAACAGUAACACGAAUGUACUAAUACGUGCCUUACAGUCUUCAUAUCUAGCUGAAUCUGGAUGAGCCUUAACUCUAAACCGUGCUUUAGCUCUGUAUUCUGCUUGGGGUGGGGGUGGGGGGGUGUAUGCGUGUGUUUGAGGGAGUUUUGUUGUUAAAAAGCCAUAAAAAGCAGGAUACUGGAUUUGUUGAAGCACGAUGGGCUUCAGGGCCAGCCCUGGAUGAAUACUGCUUCACACGCUUCUUACCGCAGGCCCUCCGCGGAGGGGGAGAUCCGGGCAUGGGGCAGGGUGGUCUUCGGCUCCCGUGCCCGGUGCCUCCUGGCUCUGUAGGUGGUCUUUAGGUAUGUUUUGAAAACACUUUAGCUACUGUAGUUCUUUAA